AUGGAAGUUCGGUAAUCAAGUUAUUUUGUUGAAAAGACCAGCCCAGAGUCAUCAAAGAAUUUUUAGGUUACAGACUAUGCAAAACCGAUAUCUGAUAGUUUAGGAUUCUAUGUCCCCCCUCCCUUACCUUUGCUCCCUUAAAGACAGAAAGGAGGUGAUACCACUAUUAAUACUGGAUUAAAUAUGUAUUUCAAGAAGCUUGAAUAGUUUUCAUAAGAUCCCAGUUCAGGCAGUGGCCCACUCAAUCCACCUCAGCCUAAAGAUAAAAAUCUAAUAAAAGAAUAAAGUCUAAAUGAAUAUGUCUAAUUAAAAACUGACUCAGUAGUCUACUGUCGUUAUGGAUUAGAUUAUGUCCAGAGUUUCUAAUACAAGGAAAAUAGGAAAGGAAGCGGUGGAUAAUCAAAGACAUAAACUCAGUAGCCCAUCGUCAAAACAAAUAUAGUUUAUCCCUAUCAUAAAGAUAUAAAUAACCAGCAAACUAUCAAUGAAGAAGAUGCGGCAGAAAAAGUGCCUUUAUUAGGAUUUGAUUCUGUUUUUGAGUCUGGGAACUUAGCCAUUGCAAUUUAGUAAACUGAUGUUGAAUAUGAUCUCGUUCUUUAAAAUGAUAUCAACACUAAGGGUCAUACGCAAUAUACCUCUGACAAAGAUAUGGCUAAUCCACAAUGGGGUAGAUGUGGGGAAAAUAUUCACUAUGGAGACAAUCAAUAUGACAGAGUAAAUUUAUUUAAUUAAUUUUCAAAGGAAGAUGGGAAGCCAUAUUACAGUUUGAGCUUUAGUUUCAUUUUCCCAGCUGGAAAAAGACAAUACUACUUCGCUCAUUCAAUACCAUAUACUUAUUCAAUGCUAAAUGAUUACCUUAGCUUGAAUUUCAAAAAAAGAAUACUUUUAUGUCAUACUCUUGCAGGUAAUAAGUGCGAAUACGUGCACAUAGAUGAGAAUCCCAGAAAGACGCUUAAAAUUAAAUCUGAAACUCCAAAGAAAUCAAUGCUAGAUGAAUUAGUUAUCUAAAAUUCAGCUACUGCUCAUUAAAAACAAGUAGUAUUUAUUACGUCAAGAGUACAUCCAGGAGAGUCCAACUCAUCUUGGAUGAUGAAAGGCUUAAUGGAUUUGCUAAUAAAUCCACAGACUAAUGAGGAGAAGGAUAUAACAAAUUAUCUUAAGGAUCAAUUUGAAUUUUAUAUCGUUCCAAUGCUUAAUGUUGAUGGAGUAAUUAAUGGAAAUUAUCGAUGCUCCUUAGCUGCUUGUGAUCUUAAUAGAAAGUGGUAAGAUCCAUCAAGAGUUUUACAUCCUACAAUUUACCAUACUAAAAUGCUUUGCUAAUAGUUAUAGGAGGAGAUGAAUAAGAAAUUCUUCCUCUACUUGGAUAUGCAUGGCCAUUCUAUUAAGUAAAUUUUCUAUUAUUCAUAUUUUAGAAAGAAUGUCUUUUAAUAUGGAAACAAACUUGAUUCACUUCAGCAAGGUGGAAGCAAAAUUAAGGAUUAUUCAUGCUAACCAAAACUUUUCUCUCAUAUUUUGUCUAAACAGUUCGAUUAUUUUUCUUUUCAAGAUUGCUCUUUUCAAAUGUAAAAGUCAAAGGAAUCAACUGCAAGAAUAUCAAUGUUUCACUAAUUAAAGAUACCUUUUGUAUUUACAUUGGAGGCCUCGUUUGCUGGAGCUAACAGAGGGAAAUUGUUAGGUCAGCAUUUUUCUAUUGGAGAUCUAGAAAAUAUUGGGAGAAGUGUAUUAAAGGCAUUAUAUCAUGUAAAAAUUAUUGAGAGCAACAAAAAGCUACUUAGAGAGCUCAGUUUAGAAAUUGAGGCUUUCAACAAAGAUAAAGAUGAAGAUUGCGACGAUAGCGAUGGCUCAUCAGAUGAAGAUACUAAUGAUGUAAUACCAUCAGAACCAUCCUAAGUAAACUUGUAGCCUUAGCCUUAACCACUUCCGAAUUCUGGAAUAGUGAUUAAAAAGAGGAAAAAUUAGCCUAACAUAUCUUAAAUGAGCAAAUAAGCUAAUGCACUUAAUAAUAAUACAUCUACUCCCAACAUCGAAAAGCUUUAAGCAACUAAAGCUAAAUUAUAAUAUUCAUUGGAUCCUGAGAUAUCACAGAAUUCUAGAGCUUAAUUGCAUAAUUCAACUGAAUAGAGCUAUUCUGAAGACUAGAGGCGCUAAACUCAUUCAAAACAAGCAUCUAUUGUUUCAUACUUUGAGAUUAGCGAAAUGGCCUCUCCACUACCCCGAGAGUUAAAAAUCACAUCAAUAUACAAUAAUACCAACUUAUAAAAUAACAAAUUUGGAUAGUUUGCUAAUACAGCCAACUCAAUUUAGAAUUAAUUUAUUCCAAAAGGUCAUUCUUAAGUUAGGAAUUCAUUUAUGAAUGAUAAAAUUUCACAUAAAUCAAAGAAUAAUCAAUCCUCAACAGACAUUAAUAUUGAUAGAGAUGGGGCCCAAAUGUCUCGCACAAAUCUUAACAUUAAAAAUCAGAGUGCUUCAAAUGCCAAGAAGGAUAGUCCAGAAAUUAGAAGCAUUAAGGCAAAUUUAAUGAAUAGGUCAAAAUCUCCAUAAAAAGGAGGUGGAUUUUUAAAAUAAAGGAAUUCCCCAAUGAAAGUAGCUCCAUAGAUUGUAGGGUAGGUAAUUUCAUAGACUCACUAUAAAAAAUCUACUACAGGAUUUGAUUCUUUAUAUUAAAGCCCUGGUAGUUUUAAUUACUCUUAUAUACAUCCCUUGCCAAUUCUGAGUCAAGAAUCAAGAGAAAAUAAUGACUAUGAGCCAAUGGGCAAGCCAAUGAAACAGGCAAACAUUUAUAAUAUGGCAACGAUUCACAAUAAGCAAGCUAUUGCUACAGGAAUAAGCUAAACAUAAUCACAUUACUUCUAGAAUGGAGCGAAAAUAAGUUAUACAGACACUUACAGAUAAAAGCAAAAACAAACAAAAAAUUACAUUCUUUACCAAUAGUAAUACCAGCCUAACUAAACAAAUACGAAUGGCUAAUCAUUAUUGAGCAUGAAGGAAUACAUAUUGAAUAAAUAAGUGCAUCAGCAUUAUUCAGACUAGCUAAUGUCUAGAAAGUAAAACUAGACUGUCUUGACGAAAUAUAGUUCCAAUUUCCCUGAGAUUAAUGGGGCGAAAAGCGAAAGUAUAUGGUAGGCAACUAAGGUGACUCCAGCAUAUAUUGAUUAAAAAAGAGAUAAACUUAAUGACAUCCAUCCUAAUAAAGAUUCUUAGUCAGAGCCACCAGGCUAGAAAAUGAGAAAUCAUAUAUUGAUUUAGAAAAAUCAAUCUUCAGAAAGUUAGUAUAAUUUCUAAGGUAGAGGUAGAUCUAGUUCAAACAAUAGUCCUAUGAAUAAAUAAAGAGCAAGCUUGGACAAUCAUAUACCUAUUAUAUUAGGUUGA